AGGAAAACUUCCACGACGGCAGCCAUGUUAGAUUAGCUUGGUCGGAGAUUUGAUUCAUUGUUUUUAGUGCUUUGAAUAUGUCUUACAACGCUGAAAAACCGGAAGGGGACUCAGAUGUCCCUGAUACAAGAGCUGGCGGAUUUUUUUCUAGUGAUUUUCAAAGGUAACUUUUGUCCUUUCUGUAUGAUUUGCACCAACCUGAUCGAUGUCCCUUACUUUCACGAGCUUUCGAUUUCCAGAGGUCAUCAAAAUCUCAACUUUUAUUACAGACACGAUGAUUUGAAAAAUAUGUUAGACAGUACAAAGGAUAGUCUUAAACUGGACGCGAUGAAAAGGAUUGUUGGGGUAAGUCUUCAUCUUUAUCAAGGUUUGACAGGGUUGAUAGCGGAAUUCGAACACUGGAUCAGUAUGUGUAAAUCUAGGAGCACGACAAACGUUAUUACGAUUUCUACCUUUUGGUGCUCUAGUUUUCAAGUAAUUGAACUUGGAUUUUCUGUUUUAUAGUCUUGUGAUGCUAACUAGAAUAGGUCAAAAGCAGGACGUUUAUGUUUUUAACCUCAGCUCAUUUCUUUAUAGAUUUGUAGACACCUGAGCCAAAGAAUUUACUGACAUUAGUAUUGUAUUAGUAUUAGUCAAAAAAACUGAUAAACUCUUAUUUUUUCCCUUAAAUAGAAGAUAAAAAUUCAGAUCUACACUCAAUACAUCUCAACCAACUUUAAAAAAAAUGAAGAUUUUCUGCAGUUUUGUUCAUUAUAGCUGCCAUGCUUUAACACUAUCCUCUUAGACACUAAAUGUACUCUAAUUGGUUAAACACUUAUCAUUCAUUGUACCAAUACACCCAUAGUUGUUUUGUAAUAGUAAUUAUCCACCUUUUUUUUUUGGUUUAUGAUCCAUUACAGCCAAAGUCCCAAGGGAUUUUUGUAGAUGAUACAAAAACAUCACUCACAGCUAACUUCCAAGGGUUAAAUUAAAAGUAGUGAAGAAAAAAGGGGGGACAGUAGGGAUCAUUAAAAUUGAAAUAAGCACCUCUUUAUACAAUUACUCUCAAAGCAUUCAGUUUAAAUAUGUGAAAUAAUAUAAUUAUGGUGGCAGUCAUGAAACACCCUUUUAUUUGUGGAUGGAGAAGUUCUUAGACUGAAGUAAUGACCUACAAAUUCAAUAAAUUUGUAAAUCCUUAAGGAAAGGUAAACAAAUUUACCAGUCUCUCUUGUGUUUUCCAAACAUCCCACUUAGGUUAGUACCCUGAUAAACUGAUAAAAUAUUGCAAUGGUAGUACCUUGACCUUAGGUUGUUGUUGUUGAAUAAUCAAGUAAAGCUAGUAAUGUGCUUGAGUCAUUCAAGAUGAUUUGUGACUAGUUCUAAAGAAACUAAUGUAAAAGGUAUAUUACUGGUAAAUAUAAAAUAUAGUUGGUUGAUUAUCAACUAUAAGUUCCAUUGUUAGCCGCAGAUAUCUGCAGUAGCUUUCUAUGAGAGAGACCUUAUACUCAAAAUUUCAUUUCUCUGUCUAUAGUGUGGAAGUUAUUUCACAUUAAGUACAUUCAAGUUGAUAAUUGUCAAAGUCAUUUAAGAUAGAUUGGCAUGCUAUCUGGGAUAAGAACAAUACUUUCAGACACUUCAUGCUAGGGAUUUGUGACAAGUUCUUUCACCCAUUAGGUCUCUGAGGAGUUACUUAGCAACCUAUAAGUCAGUUACAACCUUUUUUGAUCGCAGAUGAUGGCUGAUGGGAGAGAUGUAUCAGACCUUUUUGCUGCAGUGGUUAAGAAUGUUGUCUCUAAAAAUGUUGAAGUAAGUGAUUUGUUUUUUGUUAUUUAAUAGAGCAUUGCUGAAAUGUCAGCAUUAACUGGUAUUUUUUCUCCCAAUAUCUUGUUUGAAUUUAAACAGUAACAGGGAUUCUGACAUAAGUUAUGCUCUCUGACACAACAUUUUUUUUUAUUUUGGCAGGUCAAAAAGCUGGUUUACUUGUACCUUGUCAGAUAUGCUGAAGAACAACAAGACUUAGCUCUCCUCUCUAUAAGCACAUUUCAGAAAGGACUGAAGGUUGGCCAGAUCCAUGUGAAUAAGCAACUACUGUAGAUGAUAUAUUGGAUUAUACCUGAAUGAGAAUACCCAGAAAGUGUGCUUGUCCAGACUGCUCUAUAGCUAUAAACCUCCCUGUAACCUCUGUAAUGCUAAUCAAUACUCAGAUUUGUCUUGGAGGUAUGACCAUAAUCACCAAGAAAACUGCUAACUGUAGGUAUUUUUAGCUCUAAGUAUUUUUAACUCUAGCUUUUUUUCAGAGAAGUCACUCUCAGUCCCGUAAUGUCAGGUACUAGUAAUCAACUGAAGAAAGGCAGAUCCUGUCACUUUCACCUGUUUUUACAUCACAAUAAUUUUGUCAUCUUUGCCUCUUAAUGUUCAGGAUCCAAACCAACUUAUCCGUGGAAGUGCUUUACGGGUUUUGUCAAGUAUCAGAGUUCCUGUUAUUGCACCAAUCAUGAUGCUAGCAAUAAAAGAAGUAAGUGAAUGCAAAGAUUGUAAUAACUGUCCUAAGCUACUGGUGGACAACUAUUUGUUUCACUUUAUGUUCAAUUAGCUGUGCUUUUGGAAAGGCUAAUCCCAUAGUGAGAAAUCCACAAUAACCAUGGUAUUACUAUUGGGGUCUGAAUUAUACUUAUCAGGAAUAUUAGGAGACUAAGAAAUGUAUAACUCUUUCCAGGGAGUUGCAGAUAUGUCACCUUAUGUUCGGAAAACUGCUGCUCAUGCCAUUCCCAAACUUUACAGGUAUGCCAUUCUUUAUGUUUUGUUUUAACUCAGUCACACAUUCUUAUUCUCCUACAUUAAGAAAAAAAAUUAUGACCACAGAUACUGGAGGAAAAAAAACUACCCAAGGUUUAAGUCCCACCUCCUCCCCUUUUUUAAUGGUCCAUUUCAAAUUUUUAUAAUGUCUUCUCCAUAGUCCAGCAUCCCUUGUGAGUUGGGCACAACUUCUGUCUGAGCUACAAAGCUACUUUGUUGGGACAGAGGAAAAUUUUAUGAUGUUCUUUGUUCUGUGACAAAAUUCACCCUCAGUAAUGAAAUAAGUCAUAUUUUGACCUUCAGAAGAAGCAAAUUCAGGCUUUUUCCAUGACAAGUUUCCUCUAUAGGAACAAAAGACCUGCCAAAGAUUUGCUCUUAAUAUGUAGCUAUACCUGAGAGGAAUGGGGACAAAACUUGUUAAAGUUUAUCUACAGUUUCUCUAAUUGCAGGUCAUCUGCAAGGAUUUUACUUCUUACAUAUGAUUUAUUUAAUUUAUUUCAUUUUGUUAAGCAUGAAUUGCAAUUGCAUUUCUUCCCCUCUUGUAAUUUGGUUGAAUCAUCAAUAGAAACCAAGUAGUAUAGUAUAGUAUAGUAGUAUAGUAUAAUCUUUAUUUAAGCACGAAACAAUUCAUCAGCAAUUACAUUAACUAAAACUAUUUAAAAAUUAAAACACUAACUAAUAACUAAAAGCUGUUUUCCGUGAAUGUCAUGCAUUAUAGAGUGGCAUUGAUCUUGCAUUUAAAUAACCCCAGAGACUCUGUGUUCCUUAUAUCACAUGGAAGACUAUUCCAUAAUGUGGCUCCACUAUAGCUAAAGCUUUUUCGAUAAUAGUUAGUGCAAGGUAGAGGAACAUUGAGUUUAUUUUCAGAGUCCCUGAGGUCAUAAGCAGAGUUAAGAUUAACCAGAAAAAAUUAUACUUUUCCAGUUUGGAUCCUGAACAAAAAGACUGUCUUAUUGAAGUUAUAGAGAAACUAUUGAAAGACAAGACAACGGUAAGGAUUGAACAAUCACCCAGAGUGAUCAUUGCCAUGUUUUCUUUUCCAGCUGGCCUAGUGUCUUACAUUUGUUCAUAUAUGACAGGCUGCAUUUCAAUUCUGGUUAUAGUAAUGUUAUCACAUUGUUUAUAGCUUGUUGCAGGCAGUGCUGUUAUGGCUUUUGAGGAUGUUUGUCCAGAGAGAAUAGAUUUGAUUCACAAAAACUACCGCAAACUGUGUAACUUGUUGAUAGACAUUGAUGAGUGGGGUCAAGUUGCUGUCAUCCAUAUGCUCACAAGAUAUGCCCGAUCACAAUUUAUUGACCCAAACAAAGAGGUGAGGUUGUCUGCCUGGAUUGCAAGAACUAUAGGUCAGAUAUUUAUUACAAGUAAGGAAUUGAUUAAAUAAACUUUUGUUUAGCCCUCAUCAGAGGAAGCCUUCUAUCCCCAAUCUGAUGAUUCUGAUGAUGAUUCUGAUGAUGAUGAAUCCAGAAAGGAACCUAAGAAGCAGACUUACAUGAUGGAUCCUGAUCAUCGCCUUCUGUUGAGGACAUGUAAGCCACUUCUUCAGAGCAGGAAUGCAGCAGUAAGUUGCCAUCUGAAUAAUGAAAUAAUGAAACUUACAGUUUGUAAUAACAAGUUAAAAUGAUGAACAGCAUUCCUUGUGGCAGAACUAGCCAGUAUAUGAUUGUGGAUACUUAUUUGAUCUACUGUUUAUCAUUAACAGGUGGUGAUGGCAGUAGCAAGAGUGUAUCAUCAUUUAGCACCCACAAAUGAAGUUGGAAUUGUGGCACGUUCCUUAGUCAGACUCCUUAGAAGUCACAGGUAGGAAUGCGUUUACAACCAUUGACCAACAUAGUAAGUUAGAGUAAUGUGUCAUGUGUUAAGACACACUAACUUUGAAGAUAUACCUUUAUUGCAUCACAAGAUAUCACAAAGAGAAAAAAAUAUAUUUAAAAUUGUUGAUAAAAGUUGUCCUUCUAGUCUGGAAAAAUGGGACUUUUAGUGAUUAAAACAUUUCUGGUUGAAGAUUUGAAAGUUUGUGACCAUGAAUUUUGUUGCACAUUAAAUCUAUCCUGAAACAAUUGAAGAGUUAAAGCUGAAGAGGGACUUAAAAGAGUGUUUCUAAACUACUAAGCCACUAAAAUUCAUUUGAUUUUUCACACAUUUGAAAUAGUUAAUUUUACAGUCAUGUUUUUUUUUUCUCUUCUAGGGAGGUCCAAAGUGUUGUCCUCAGUAAUAUUGCAACAAUGUCUUUCACAAGAAAGGUAGAGAGUGAAUAGCAUCUUAUUUCUACUUUCAAUAUUCCCCCUGAGUCACACAUAAAGGUCACAAGAAUAAAAGAAAUUAUUGCCAACUUAGGAAGCUCUUGAUUGUUAAACAAAUUCUCCUUUAAAGCAUCUGAGGAGAUGUAUAGAGAAAAGUAUAAAGAAUAGGCAUACUGAUGUUAAGGUGUAAAGGGUGAAUGGGUCUCUUGUGUUUAAUGCUUAGUUAAAGUGAUGGUGACAAAGUAAAAAAGUGCUUUUUCUAAAAGGCUGUGAUUGGGUUGCAGAAAGCAGCUUGAAUAAUGUUUAUUGUUGGACCUUGUUGAUUGGGUAGUAUUGCUAAAAAUUAGUUUUUCUGCAAUUGUAUUUAUAGUAAAAAUUCUGAUCAAUUCGUUAUUUACUUUUUUUAAUCAUCUAAUACCGAUAAUCAAUUUUUCAACGUAAAUUUUUUAACAUUAAUUAGUCAAUGGAUAAUUUUUUUGCAGGGAAUGUUUGAGCCAUACCUGAAAGGAUUCUUUGUCCAUUCAAGUGAUCCAACACACAUCCGUUUAUUAAAGGUAAAUUAUUCAGGUUACUCAUGAUAGAAGUAAUUUUGAGAUUUUUAAUGAAUGGACAUCAAAUGGGUUGUUCAUAUGUUUUUUAAGUGUAUAACACCCUGUCGUAUGAUGUCACUCUUUCAGUGUCUGUAAGUAAUUUAUAAGAAUAAAGCUAAUUUUCAUGACUCCUCAUGGCUUCCUUUCAAAAUCUUGGGUAAUGAAAAAUGGGGAGGAAUUUCAGGUUUUCUCUAAGAUCAUUAUCAUCAUGUAAUCUAACCAAAGCCUUACUAAGUUUUUACCUGUCCUGUGUGUGGGUGAUUUUAAUUAUUUUCUUGUUUUCAUUGUAGCUAGAAGUUAUGACAAAUAUUGCUGGAGAGACAAGUAUUGGCACAAUACUUAGAGAGUUCCAAGUAUGAGAUGAUGGUUUUUUUAAGUAUAACUUCAAAAUAUUUCAUGUGCAGUAACUGGUGCCAAUUUAUCUUCUGUGUGCGUGCUGAGGCAGUGACAGCCUACAUGUAUGUUAAGUUGUCUCCACUCUGCUAUGUGCUGGAAUUGUUCUUUGUCUUCAAUGUCCACUUUCAUGGCUAUUCUCUAUAUAUAGAUAACUAAUUGGUCUUACUAAUUAUUUCCAGGUGGGAUUUUAAGUAACUUGGAUUUUAUUUUGAAAUUUGUUUCUCUGUUCAUUUUUGUUUGCUGUUAACCAUUGAAUAAGUAAUCCUUCAUACCACUAUGAGCACUGAUGUCAAAAGUGGUUGGAAGGUUACAAGGCUAACUCUUGUUUGCCUUCUCUCAUGCUCAUAACAAUACUAUUAUUACGAUUCAACUGAGCCACUGAAUUUACCAUCUUUUUGAUCAAUGUGAAUCAAAUCUAUUUAUGAAUUUUUUCUUUUAGAGCUAUAUAUCCAGUCCAGAUAAGCAGUUUGUAGCUUCAACAAUUCAAGCCAUUGGGCGAUGUGCCUCAAACAUUUCUGAGGUUACAGAGACUUGCUUAGCUGGCCUGGUGCGACUGCUUUCUAACAGAGAUGGUACAUAAAAAUUUUGUGUUGGCUGCAUGUAAACCUUAGUUGUACUUGUAUUAACCAGGCAGUACCCCCCCAGUACUAUUUGUCGGUGUAACCUCAACACCAGCUUAGAAACCAAGCUUCAAACAUUAUUCUUAAAAAAAUUAACAUGAAAAUUUCUGGUAGGUGUAACUUGCAGGCUGAUGAUUCUUGAAAAGAUCAUUCAUUCUUGUUAAAUAUAUUCUGUUAACAGAGGUAGUGGUAGCAGAGAGUGUAGUGGUCAUCAAAAAACUUCUACAACUUAAGGUAAUUAUGAAAUUAUAUAUUAAAUUAUUUUUAUUAUGAUCAUCAAAGUUACACCAGUUCAUAAUUUGUGUAAUUUUAUGUUUUAAAUGCAAUGAUUUUUUAAAAAAAAUUAAUUUUAGUGGACCUGCUGUUUAUUAUUGGUGUUACACUUUUAUUUUUAUUUUUUUUCGCAGCCUAAGGGGAAUUCAGAGAUCAUCAUGCAUAUGGCAAAAUUAGUAGAUACCAUCACGGUUAGUGUACACGUAUGCAAGUCACUGUCACUACUUCCAAUCUUAUACCUCAUUCACACCAAAGCUUAAACAUGUUUUAAAGCUGUUUUGUUAAACAUGGUUUAAAAUUUUUUCCUCAUAGAAGUUACUUAAACUGAUGUUGGUGGACUUCAAAUGUAGCAUCUGAAAAUACAAGAUAGCAAUUACUUGGAUCUAAGAGUCAGUUUUUAGUUCUCUGUUUCUGAUGUUUUGCUGGUGUGAAUGGGUUAUAAGCUACUACAUUUUUCAGCUUUAACAACUUUGUAAAACUCUUAAAGAAUUUCAAGCUCAUGGCAAACAAAGUCACUUUUUUAGACACAAAUCUUUGAAUAAGUUUUCAGUUAAUCCUGAAGUAUGAGCAAGGUUCUUUUCUCUUUGUUUGUAGCUUUGUCUUAGCAUUUCAUAUUUUAAAUAGGUUCCAAUGGCCAGAGCAAGUAUUCUGUGGUUAUUAGGAGAAUAUUGUGAAAGAGUGCCAAAGGUAGCACCAGAUGUUUUGAGGAAAAUGGCAAAAAUAUUUGGAUCAGAGGUAAGGUAUACCUGGUACUGCAUGAUUUUACAUGAGCUUCAGGUAAAUAGGUUGAGAGUGACCUUAACCCUCACAGUCAUUAAAAAUGUACUAUGGUUACAGUAAGUGAUAGUAUAACAAAGGCUUGUUGAGUAGAUGAAUAAGAACAGUAGACUGAAAGUCCUUUUUUAACUGGGACUGCAGACCUGUGCCACUAAGAGAAUGUUUGGAACACAACAUGAUAUGAAUUCAAAUACGUUAUAUAGAUUACUUGACUGUAUUUUCAUCACUGCAGGAAGACAUUGUCAAGUUACAAAUUUUGAAUUUAGCUGCAAAGCUCUUCAUAACAAACCCUAAACAGGUAUGUACACAUGUAGUACAUUUACUUACUAUGUGUUUAUUUAUUCAGAUGCUUAUUCCAUGUAUCUCAGAGUUUGACUCGUAGUCUUUUGGGAGAGGUUGAUAGGAGUCAUUAUGUUUUGCUCUUGAGAAAGGCUUUGGAUCAAUGCUGUAUAUAAAGAAAAAUUAAAAAUGGUAUACUGCCAAUAUCCUAUUAGAAAGUCUUAGACCCAGCAACUCUGGAGAAAGAACAAUUCUUUACUUCAUAUUGUGAAUAAAAUUUAUAUGAUGAUUUACCCCUAACCCAGGAACAUAACUUUCUUUAGCAUUUGUUUUUAAUCCAUUUCAGACAAAACUUCUUGGUCAGUAUGUACUGAACCUUGCAAAAUAUGACCAGAGUUAUGAUGUCAGAGACCGAGCUAGGUUUCUACGGCAACUGCUUAUUCCAAGUGAUACGGUGAGCCUGUGAUCUCCAAAUCCUGAGAUUCUCUUUUCCUUCAACUGUUAUUUAGAAAAGUUUGUCUGAGAUCUUAUGUUUGAAUGUUACAAAUUUAUUUCACAUUCAUAUUUGCUAGUCAGCUCAUUCUAUCAUCUAAAUUAUUAUAAAUGAAUGGAAGUGUGUGUACAAAAUGUUAUUAACAAAAUUUAGAGGGGAAUUGGUCAAUGCAUUUGUAGCAAGGAAGUGCAAGUGUGAAUUAAUACCAGUGACAAAAAUGCAUAUGAACACAGAUGUUAAAAAUUAUGUUUUUCCAGUCUAUUAAUCUACAGAACUCUUAAAAAACCAGCUGUUAAUCAAUUUUGCUUUCCACACUUUGUAGGGAGGUCAUCUAAGUAAACAUGUGAAGAAAAUUUUCUUGGCUUCAAAACCACCCCCAAUUAUACAAUCAGUGUUUAAAGGUGAGGUUUAUUAUUAAUCAUGUCAAAGUAACACAGUAUAUACAGCUGUAAGGUAUUGGGCAAAUUAAAGGGAAAAUUUUGAAAAUGUUUGUUGAAACAUGUUGAUUUCCUAAAUUUGUUAUACCCCUUAUAUUCCAUUUUGCCAUAUUAAGGCGAUGGAACAUGCAAAAUAUGCCACAGUUUUACAGUGUAGAACAGAGCAAAAAUAUGGAAAGUCUUUGAAGUUAUUUAUGCUUCAAACUCAUUUGUGUUUGCUUAACUUUUCAACUUGCAUUCUUUUCAGAUCGCCAAGGGUUUCAGGUUGGCUCUUUGUCUCAUAUGAUGAACCUUAAAGCUAAUGGUUAUCAGGAAUUACCUCAGUUUCCAGAUGUUGCUCCAGAUCCUUCUGUCAGAAAUGUAGAAGUGAGUACUAGAUGCAUUUAGCUUGAUGUUGCACCAACACUCCCCCACACUACUUCCCCAUACUGUACCUCUAUGUCUGCUACUCAUUUUCUGGAGGGCUAACUGACUAUGAAAAUAUUGUUACUGCUUUUAAGAUUGAGCCAGUAUGGGGAACAAGCUCUAGGAAGAAAACUGGUAAAGCAAAGAAAACUUCUUUUUACUCGGAGUCAGAGACAGAAUCAGGUUCAGAAUCAGGUAUGAAAGGUGUUGUAUUCUAUUUUGUAUUACUAUUUGUGAAAAAGAUGUCAGUUUUUGUUUGAAUAGCUCCCAGAAUAACAAGACUGGUGGAUACAACUUAUUAUCCAAAUUCCGAGACAGUUAUAACUUUUUGAUACUUUAAUUCAGCUUUUUAUUGACAUUAACUGACAGGUCCAUGCCUCAACCUGCAUUUAUCAAGACAUAAAUCACUUACUAGAAAAUUUGGAGAAAUAGAAAGAUAUGCAAGAGUUUUUUAGAGGUGUAAGUAAGAGAAACUACCUCAAGUGCUACAUAUGUGAAUAAACACAAAUUUGACAUGAGCAAAUUAUUUCAAGGCAUGGUUUGAAUGUUGUGUAAAGAGCAGUUAUGUAUGCUAUGCUCUGUCAGAGCAAAAGGAUGAAGAGCUCUGAUGAAGGGCUAAUGCUCGAAACAUUGGCUUUGAAACUCUUUACGGUGGCCAAUUUACAUUAUCAACUCAGUUGAUGAAACCAAGUUUAUCUUGCUAUAACUCCCUCAAUAAUGCAGCACCACAGUUUCUUUAGAAACUUACCCUCUCGAACAAUGAAGCUAGUUCACUUUUUUUUCUAAUAUGUUUUAAUUUGAUGUUUCUGUUACCCUUUUUCAAACCAUGUCAUGAAAUUUUUGUGGUGGGUGCCUUCUAGAAACUGAUUGAUUGAAAAGCUUUGCACUUAGACUUUACUCUAAUGUAUAUCACUCUAACCAAUUUCUUUUUCUUUUUCUUUUUUUUUUUCCACUUUUGUGCUUGAUUUAAAAGCAAUUGUAUUUUGUUCAAGAGAUUUACCUUCAUGGAUAGAGAUUUUUUGGGUACAUGUACAGCCAUAGAAGAUAGAAAUGGGGAUUUCUCAAAGUCACUUAUUGGAUUAAGGUUAAUUUUUUUACUGUUAAAUAUCAGAGAGUGACAGUGAGGAAGAGAGUGGAAACAGCAGUGGUUCAGAAGAGGAUGAAGAUGAGGAUCAGAGCAAGACGGAAUCAGAGGCAUCUACUAAGGGUACUGGUUACAAUAUUCCUCAAAUGAGAUCAUGUGCAUAAGUAAUGGUUAUUCACAGAGAUUCAGGUCUGAUAGCACAUAACUCAUGUGGUCCACAGAGAGACUUAUCAAGGCCUAUGUCCUAUGGGAUAUUUGGGAAAAAAUUAUAAGGACAUAUGGUACUUAAGGAAAAAUUAAAUGGUAUAAGGGAUAUUUACAUUAGAGAUUCCGGGAUAUCAAACUGAAAUUAUAGGGAAACCAUCCACAGGAAUAAAUGGAUACAGGAUAUUUAGGCCAAAAAUUGAUAGAAUAUGGGAUACUCAGACCCCCCUCCCUCCCCUCAAUAGGGCCUCUCUCCUGCAGAUACCACAAAUCAAGCAUCAAAUAACUUGCAACAUGGACCUAAAAACUCUGAAAAAAAGACUCUGAAAGUAUUUAAUUUUUGCAUGCUUCUUCUUAUCAGGUGAUAGUGAGGAGGAGAGUGAUGCAAGUGAAAGUGAGGAGAAGUCAUCUUCAGAGUCAGAGACAGAUGAAAGCAGUGAAAACAGUUCAGAUAUUUCAUCCGAAGAUGAGAAGGUUACCUUCAAUCAUAUGUUACACUGUUGUUUUUUUUUUAUGGUUAAAAAACGUACUUGUAACUCUCAAAGCAGUUAAGCCCUGGUCAGACAGUCUAGCUCUAGUCUGACAAAGGUCAUGGUGUUUUAAUUUGUAUUUUAGUUUUUUGAGAUGAAUUUCAAAAAUGAACUGUCAAAUGAAACAAUGAUACAAACCACACUAAAGACCUGGGGAAUGGGGAAGUAAACCACAUGCUGGAAAAAACAUUGAAUGUGGUUGGAGUUUUGUCGGAGUGGAAAAAGUCAUUAUCAUUUCUUUUAGAGAACAUGAGGGUAAAUUUUAGCUAUGUGUUAGGCUCAUGUCAGCAGAUCCUUUGUACUUGCAUAUAUAGAAAGAUUUAAAAUGCUUAAGCAAGCUUUUUUAGUUGAAGAGGGAUUUUACAUCCCAUUCUAUUUUAGAUUCCAGUAAAGAAACCUAAGACACCAGUUAAGACUACCAAGCAAGAAAAAUCACCCCAAGGAAAACCAGCUUUGGACAAGGGAAACACAUUAUUGAUUCUUGAUGACUGUAAGUACAACCCACAGACUCUCUAACUAAACAGGACAUGGUUGAUAUAAAUCAUUUUAUAUCUGAAGAGUAGAUAUUUAGAAAAUUUUCUGUUUUGUGGGUAUAUCAGUAGUGUUAUCCUUCAAUCAAGUAAAUGAUGGUAUGAUUUUUGUUGCAGUAAAUGAACCAGUGACUUCCAGUGUAGGUUCAAGUUCCAGUAACAUAAUGUCACCAAGUCUUGCUUCUGAGAUCGAAUCUUUAUCAUUUUCAAAUGAUGCACCUACUGUCAUUGCCCCAGUAAGUGAAGAUACUGUGUUAAAGAUCAUAUCUUUGUUUGACAUUUAUAUGAUGAGCAAAAUCUUUUCAUAAGUCCCCAUCCAGGCGAUAUUUUUCAUACAUUGUAUUAAGUUGCAAGUCUGAUGUGCAGGAAACAGAACUCAAAGUCUCAUUGAAAAGGCAUUGUAGACCUAAGCCCUGAAACUUUAUUUCCCUCUUUCAGAUUUUUGAAUCGCACACUUUACAAAGCAGUGUGGUUCUUAAAUUUCUUAGAGUCACAAAAUAAUUUUAUUUUUUCUUUUAACAGCUUAGUCCAAGUUUUUCAUCUGCAAAAUCACACGAGCUUCUCCAUCGCAUGCAGGGCAAAGGACUCAGUGGCAGUUACAAAUUUACAAGAGGUCCUUGCAUUUACUCCACAUCCAUGGUAGCUGUGGAAGUAACACUGGUCAACAACUCUGAAGCUCCCAUUUCUAAUAUUUCUGUGGAAGAAAAGGCAAGUUUUUAAUCAUUUGUCCUCCCACUCGUUUAGGUUUUUUUCAAGGUCUAUUUAAAGGGUCACAUGUCUAUUAAAAACCUUUAUUUUGAACAGAGCAAUUGAAGAGAAGAGAUAUCAGAAAGCUGGGACUUUGCCAGUGAACAAAAAUUUUUAUCAGUGCUUGUGAUGGUUUAAUUAUGUUGGUCAUGCAGGGAUAAAUUAAUAACUUUGUUUGAAUUUUAUACCUAAUCUAAGUUUGUUUGUCUUUUUGUGAUACAGAAACUAGGAGCAGGGAUGAAAAUGCAUGACUUUCAACCAAUCAGUAAGUUGCAGGCCCGAGCUUACUGUAUUACCACAGGCAUCCCAAGCUCAUGUCUCAAGAAAAAGCAAAAGAUUAAUUCAUGACAGCGUCAGGCGUCGUGUAACCUGAUGUUAAGUUAUGCAAGGACCUGUUGAGAAUUUGAACAUCUUAUAAGAAAUAGUAUGGGGAAAGAAAAUAUGGUCGAUUUACAACACUAAAUAUUCUGAAAUAUAAAAGUUUUACAUGGAAGAUUAAUAGAACUUACUCACUCCUUGUGUGUCCAUGUAACUUAACACCCCAUCUCACUGUGCAGGGAGCUUUCAUGAAUUGAUUGUUUGCUUUUUCUUAAGAUGUUAGCUUAGGACACCUUUGGUAUUACAUGUACUAGUGCUGAAGAGUUCAGCAGGGAUUCUUCUCCCCAUGUGCAAAAUAUAAUCAACAUCUGUCCCAUUGAACUACCUAACAGAUGGGUUCUUGAGAUAUUGUAUUUACUUUUUAGUUAAUUUGAUAAAAAAAUACACCUUGGUAAACAAAAUAAUAAAGUGAGAUUGUUUGUAUGUACCUCUGGUUGUCUAACUUCAUCUAGCUCUUAUAUUUGACAUUAAAUAGAUUGGUUAUCAACUGGUCAUCAUUGCUAAACUUAUUUCAUGAACUUAUCUUUUAUUUAUUUCUCACAUAGCAUCACUUGCACCAGGUGCAACCAUUGCAGUGACUGUAGGAAUUGAUUUUAAUGAUACAACUCAGCCUGCCAGUUUUAAUUUGUGGUGAGUUAAGUUUCUCUAUUGUUGUAUAGUGAAGUUUUAAAUGAGUUUCAUUUCACACUUCAUCUGUGGUACAGGGCAUUUUACUAGAACCUGUAGUAUCAGUGACGCUAAUGUAGAAUUCUUAGAUCUGCAGAUGUAACUUAAAAGUGGGGCUGCCAUCAGUAACUGACCUCUGUAGGCUGCCAUUAUACAACAACAAUGUGUUUUGUCACUGUCACACAUUUAAACUGGUGUUCAUAAAAUGACUACUUGUUGAAAAGUGUUGAUACAAUUGCAUUCAGUUUAGUUUAUAAAUAAUUCUGUGAAACUCUGCUCUCAAAAUAGUAUUGAAAGUAGAGCAAUAAGUAUUGGAACCAAAUUUAGCUUUGUACAGUUUGUAUAAGCUAUUUUAUUUUCCUGGAUACAUGUGCAUAUUUGGAAAUGUCUUUAUUGAGUCAUUGUGUAACUGAAAAAGACAAUCAAUCUAAGUGCCCCAGGACUGCGAGAUUUACCUUUAAAAGUGACAUUAUUUUUGGGGUUGUCUUUUAGUACUCAAUCCAGUAAGUUUCCAGUUAGCAUCAAGGCACCUGUUGGUGAACUAUUACAGGGCUGUCCCAUGACUGAAGCUGACUUCUUGAGCAAACAAGGUGGGUGUAUUCUUUAUUUAGUCAAACUGGUUACUUUUGCCUCCACACUCUUUCACCCUUUCAUAAUCAAAUCUGGUCAAUUUGUUAGUGUUGCUUUUUGUAUUUUUUAUACAGAAAUCCAACUAUCACCCACCCUUACUUUCCUUUUUAGAGGGUAUUCAAGAAGAUAAUGAUUGCUUUCACAACAUAUUAUAUGUGAUAUUCAUUGCUAAACACCUGUACAGCCACAUAAAGUGAUGUGGAAGAUUGAUUCAAGUGUAAUUUGCAAACGUUCUUCCUUGGAAAUUUGAAAGAAAAAUCAAGGCAUUUUGAGGAACAAUUCCUCCUCCAUCUUUCUUAAUUCCUCAUUAUUCAGAGUGCUAUUUUGUCAGGUUUUUAUAAUAAAGCAUCUAUAAUAUGACUCUGAGAACAGUUUUUAGUGUAUGUAUGGUUCAAUUUAGUCUUGGUUUUAAUUAUGUUUUCCUUUGUUCUUUGAUGUGGAAAUAGCAAUGAAAAAAAAUUUAUUUUUGAUGCAAAGUUAAAACUAAACCACAACCCUUACAUUACUGGUAAUGAUAAUAACAGCAGGAUUUUACCUGUACAAAUUCCUCUCAGGUAAACUUCGAGGCUUAAAUGAGAGUUCUGGAACAGUAGAUAUACCUGGCAACCUUAAUUCUGAAGAAGUGGUAUGUUCAAAAGUGAAGGAGGCUGCUGCUAUCACCUACAUUGCUAUCACGCCCCUUUCUGAGGGGGCAUCAACAUACCGAUUUGCUGCUCGCACCAUCUCUGGAGGAACACAUGUUCUUGUGACAGUUAAAGUACCUGUUGAUGGAAAAAGCAGCUCCAUUACAGUGAAUUGUGAAAAGAUGGCAAUUAGCUCUAUGCUUGUCAAAGAAAUUAAACAAGCCUUGCAGUGAUGUCAGAAUUUCAGUCAUGUGACUGUCGUCAAACAUUUAUUGUGAAAGAAUGGACAAUAACUUUUCUCCACAGUACUAUAGAUCAUAUUUUUCCUCAUAGACACAAUAUCUAUCUUUCAAAUUAUGCAUGACAACUAUUUGAAUAAAAGUCCAAAAUACUCUGAGAUCACAUGAGAACUACAUGUAUUUUGAAAAUGGAAUGCUUUCCGUGGCCACCUAAGAAAAUUAAAAGGGUCUUAGAAUGUUCUGAAGGUCACAGGAAGUUAUGUUGUAGUUAGCAGAUGAGAACAAAGAUUGAAAACUCAGUUUGACAAUAAGCAAAGUUACUGGUAGACAUUCACUGUGGGUAUUAUCUGCUGUUUCAUAACCAUGUGCAGUAUUGAUUGAUGAGUGAUUCUCUCAGUUUUGGAGUUAUAUUAAAUUCAGUCACCUCUCCAGAAACCUUCAAGAGUACCAUGAAUGUUAUGUUGCAUGUGGUUGGCCAAUUAUCAUAGAAAUCAGCCCUUAUAUGCUGUUAAUGUGGCAUGGAUUACUUCUCCUUCCUGGCAAAGAGAUAACCAAAAACAACAGUGUUUUACAGUUUUGUCUCUGUACCAUUUGAUAUCAUUGUAACAAUACAUAAUUGCCUCCCAAAUUUUGUUCAUCCAAGCCACCAGAACUCAUCAACUUUCUAAUUAGGGGUGAUAUCAUUCCCCACAUCUAAAUCUUUAUUAUACACUUUCAAGAAACUGGUUUUAAAAUCAAUAAGAUCUAUCUUGGAUUGAAAGUAAUAAAAUGUUCUGUUAUGGAUUGACAAUAUCAAUCAAUUAACCCCUUUGCUGCCAAUCAUAAUGAGAAGUCUUGUGCCAACACAAAUUGACUCUUUUUUUCAGAAUUGGACACUAAAUCUGUUUUGCCAGAUGUGGAACUGGGCAUUAGUUCUUACCAGUCUUCUAAACUGUUUUUAGCCUUAGAUGCCAGGUUAUUUUACAUCUUCAGUGCUGGGGAUUUGACUGUUACUCUCUAACUUUCAACAUACUGAGUAUGUCAUGUAGCCACACAAACUUCAAAUUUAGUUACAUACUCAGUAUGUCAUGUAGGCAGUGAAGGGAUUAAUGGUUUUGGAUGAAUGCAAAGCACCAUCAUUUUCUGUUAGUUUCUCAGGGUAGAGACUUUAUUUGUUGCGAGAAAUGUUGUUGUCUUCAACUCAUUUCACUUCCUACAGAAACAGUCAUUUCAGCAGUUAAAUGAGUAAUUAGCCAGAAAUUCCUUCUUGAGUAGAAAGAGUUUUGUCUAACAAGCACAGCAAUACAGUAACUUAAUAAAUAAUCAAAACAACGUGAAAAGAGUCAUUGGUAAGUGAACAGCGAUUAUUGGAGAAUAAGCAACUCUGAUUUGCAAAAGUUCAAGCAAUUUUAAGUUCUUCCUCUCACUGAACAUGAAAAGUUUUGGGUCUUCAAGAGACUUAAGCUUGAUACAUCCAAUUUGAAAGGAGGUUCAAAUAAAAAAUUUAAUGUCUCACAAUUAGUGAGGAAUUUAGAAAAGAGUUUGAUGUACAAAACAAUCAUAGCUUAAAGUAAAAAUGAAAACAAUAAAAACAUUCCAUAGUAAACCCAGAC